AUGUGCUGGUGGUUCGGUGAACAGUGAGGAUCGCAGAGCGAUUCCUUACAGCUAUUGGCGUGUCCUCACUGUCCCUGCAGUGCUGUCCCUCUCUCUUUAUUAUUACCAUUCGCGCCCUGUUGUUGCGGCUCAUCCUCAUACCAUUGGCAGUGCGCACCAGCCAGUGGCUAGUGCGAGAGGGGAGAGAGAGAGAGGUAAGCCAUGGCUUCCCCUAAACUAGCUUUGCUCGCGGUCAUCUCCUUCGCUCUCCUGGCCACCUGCAUCGCCCAGGCACCGGCCGCUUCCCCCACGGCAACGCCACCCACCCCCUCCGCCACCCCUCCCCCCGCUUCCUCCCCUCCUCCCGUCGCUACCCCGCCGCCGGCCACUCCUCCUCCCGUCGCUACCCCGCCUCCGGCCACCCCUCCUCCCGUCGCCACCCCGCCUCCUGCCUCCCCUCCGCCCGCCACGCCACCACCCGCCGCAGCGCCGUCGCCGUCGCCCCUCCCGCCCACUGUCUCCCCUGCUCCAGCCACACCGUCACCCGCUGCUGCUACGCCGCCAGAGUCACCGGCGACCUCCCCCUCCCCUAGCUCUUCGCCUGCCCCCGGCGGACCACCAUCGCCGUCACCCAGCGGCAGCCCUCCGUCCGACGGCAACGCUGGAGUCGUGCAGGAGGCGAGCAUGGCGCUCACGGCUCUGUUCGGGGCCGUCGCAUUGCUUCUGUAACGAGGGUAGCCGGAGAGAGUGAGGCGUUUGAUAUUGGUUUAAUUUGAUUUUGGAAGUUUCUUCCAGCUGAAGCACUCCUUGUAUUAUCUGCUGUAAUAACUCGUAUCUACAUUUAUGUCCUUUCCAGUUCA